GCAGCCGUGUCCAGACUCUGAAUCACCCCACAGUGUGGGAAGCAGGAGUCAUGCCUCCCACACCGGAUGGGUAGAAAAACAUUGUCCCCAUGUUCAAACAGACAGCCAUGCAGCUUCAUCCCUUCGCAAACUCACAUCUACCACCUAAUGUUCUAUCAUCUCACGCUCUGCUGAAUUCUGAAAAAACAUCACAAUGAUUUGUAUGGGUUUUAAACACAAGUUUUGAACUUCACCUCUGCUGGACAGAGCUCAGGACUAAAUUUGCAUCUGAUUCAUCAGAAUAAUCGACUUUGGUGUCUCAAAACAAACUUGAAUGAUGAUGACUAAGAGUUUUGUUCUGCUGACUGGCACUAUAGUACAAUCCCUUUAUCAGUGAUUAUCAUUGCAUAACAAUUUGGUAUGAUGAUAUUUUUUAUAUAUUUUAUAUUUUAUCUUAUUCAAAGGCAAAGUCAUGUAAAUAAACCAAUAAAAAAAGUUAAAACAAAAAAAGUUAUUUUGGUUCUAGCAGACCAAUAAUAAGUAUGAUAUGGUUUUCGUUCACACCUGUAAUGCGAAACGUACAUUUUUUUAGAUUUGCGCUAAUAUUUAUCUCCUCAAACGCAGUUAGUUAAAGAAAGAAGCAUCGGUGGAGUAAUCUCAACUAACUAUCAAUGGGUGCAGCAUGAGGUGCUCUGCAGCCCUCGGGUGACAGUUAUUCUAAUGCAAAGAGGGAGGAGAGGAGCACGGAGCCAGAGGAGCUGAGCGCAAAGGGGCCCCUGUUGUUGGAGAAACUUCAGCAGUUCACGAUGGGGUCCGGAACCGCGUCCCGCUGUUUGCUGGAUCUGCUUGUUGUUUUGUCUCUGCUGCCCACAUUCUCCCGCGCCAGCCGGAUUAUCGCAGACGUACGGGAGCUCCAGAAGUCAACCAUCACCGGACUCGGAGUGAAGGAGCACUCAAGGAUUGUUUCCCAGCACAAUAGACUGCGGAGCCGGGUCAAACCCAUGGCAGCAAACAUGCAAAAAAUGGUGUGGAAUGAGAGGUUGGCCUCACAUGCUAAGACGAGGGCAGCAACGUGUGAAAUAGACGGCCCUCCUCCAUAUGCCUCGACUUUCAGCCAUGUCGGGUGGAACACACAUCUCUCUGCCGAUGGAGGCACCUCAUUUUCUGACGCCAUUCACUCUUGGUUUGAUGAGGGGAAAGACUUUCUCUACUUGAGUGGGCAAUGUAGGGAGAAUGCCACCUGUCAACACUACACACAGGUGGUUUGGGCCACUUCAAGUAACGUGGGCUGUGCCAGCCAGCUGUGUCUACGCAAAGGAGAUAUAUCGCAGAUAUUUGUCUGUGCAUAUUACCCUGGGGGGAACUGGGAGGUCAAUGGUCGGCUGGUGAUGCCCUAUAAGACGGGUCCAUACUGCUCCCUCUGCACCUCCUCCAUGUCCGGCUGCUUUAGACUCUGGGACCACGUAGAUGGAUUAUGUGAAAUUCCAAGGAAUCCGUGUCGAAUGAGCUGUGGUCAACACGGCCGUCUCAACGCCUCAUCCUGCAAGUGCAUGUGUGACCCCGGCCACACCGGACGCCUCUGCCAGGUACAGUGCAGUGUGCAGUGUGUGCACGGUCGCUUCAAAGGAGAAGAAUGCUCUUGCUUGUGUGAUGUUGGCUACGGUGGUGCUGAGUGUGCAGAGAAAGUGCAGUUUCCCUUCCACAGCUGCGAUGUGAUGAUAGAUGGCGAUUGCUUCGUGGUGUCUUCAGAUGCUGACACCUACUAUGGAGCCAAGAGCCGCUGUCAGGGCCGACGAGGUAUUCUAGUUCAGAUCCACAAUCAGAAAGUUCAGGACAUCCUGGCGUUUUACCUCAGCCAGCUGGAGUCCAGCAUCGAGGUCACCGACACUCACUCUGAGACAAGAAACUUCUGGAUCGGUUUGACAUAUAAGCCUCUGAAAGACUUUUUUCGCUGGGAUACAGGAGAGAUGCUUACAUUCAGCAGCUUUGCCUUUGGGCAACCCGACAACCAAGGCUUUGGAAACUGUGUGGAGCUGCAGGCAUCGAGUGGCUUCAACUGGAACGACCAACGAUGCAAAACGCAGAACCGAUACAUUUGCCUCCACGCUGCAAGUCACAUUGCCCAGUGGGAGGACGGCAGUUGACUUGGAAGUCUCAAAAGGGGGGAAACUGUGCAGUAUAUUUUACAUGUUACUUUCAGUGAGUAAUUUUAAAAGUUGAGGACAGUACACAUGUUGUUUUUCAAUCAUUGUACAUGGAUCUGUGCAGUGUAGUUGUACUGUACUUACUGUACAUGUUUGAGUUUGCAAAUAGUCAUUUGUUUUUGUCAUUAAAGUGUUUGAUUUUUCUCAGAAAA